CUUUUUUUUUUUUGUGGUGAUAAGAGCGAAAACAAUUUAACACACAGACACUCACAUACACAUACGUACACAUAAGCGCACAUAAAUACAUAUAAACACAACGUACGUUAUCCAAUCUAUCAUCAGCAUUUGAUCAGAAAUGGGUGAUUUUUUAGAGGAGCCGCAAACGCCGCAAAAUCAACUUUACCAACGCCAGUUGGACCCACCAUCAACCUUUACGCCGAGUUAUAUUAUGGCCAAUUUGACUUUAAACUCAACAUCUACUAGAUAUGGCAGAUCAAAACAAAUUAUCACGAAUGAUAAUGCCUUCCUCUAUCGACCCAAGAAGUUGACUGAAGAAUUCUUGAUAAAAGCAAGUCAGCAACAAGAAUUAGGUGAUAGCAACGUUCAUCCCAAUUUGAACAUGUGGUUAGAUAGAAACAGUAGCCGCAUUAAAGUAGCAAAUCAUCUUGUGGAAGAAAUAACAGAAGAAGAUAUAGGCGAGGAUGAAGAGAUUAUUGAAAUCGAAGAAGAGAUUGAAAUUGAAGAGGAUGAGUCAGAUGAAGGCAGCCUGUUGCCAGUUACACCUGAAAGACCAACUGCAACAGGUGGAUUAUUCAUGAAGGUCAACGAAGACCGACCUAUGACGAUAUCUGAGAGAAAUCACUGCCUACAAGACCUAUUUAUGGAUGAAGAUGAAGAAGAAGAAGAGGACGAAGAGGGAGAAGAAGAAGAAGAAAUGCGCCCUUCAACGAAAGUCUAUAAGGAACAAACUGUUAAAGAUGCAAAUGCUGUAGAUACCAGUCAUGAUUGGGUGCGUAAUAUUCAUCAAAGUAAAUGCAAAUCAGCAGAAAAAGCUUCUUCAUCCAAUUUCAUCAGAAAGAAGUUAAAAGGAAAAGAGAAAGAUGUUGAUACAGACAAAGAAAAUACAAUCCCUUACCAUUUACGAUACAGCUUCACAAAGAAAGAUGAUCAAAGCAGUGUAAAAGGGACUCGCUCCCGACACUGGCACAAUAGAGAAGAAGAAGACGGUGAUAAGGUGAAUAGACUGCCCUUAUCAGAAUUGCCCAUUGAGAUAAAAGAAGGACCUUCAAGCGCUGAUAAGGAUCUACAGCCCGCAAAGAAGAAGCAGAACAUAGUAACAGAAAAUGGUCAACGGGUAGUUCAGAGAAGGGUCUUGCGUACACUAUCACCCCCACGAUUAGCUCCUAGGAAAUCACCCAAAGGCAAAGAGCCUGUGACAGACUAAGUUUUCUAUGCCCCUCUUAUGAACAAUCAAUAGCAUAUACCAAGCAAUAUUCCCCAUGUCUAUCCUUUUUGCUUCUAUUUACAUAUUUAUGUCUUAUCUGCAUCGUCCCAAUAUCCCCUUUUCAUUGAUUUUUUUCUUUUUUUCCCUUUAUAUUCACUUACGAUUAUGCCUAUUUGCACACAUAACAAUAAACAACCUUUCGUUUAUAGCUCAGUAAAAUAAAAGUCUUAGUCCAACGUAGUUAUGUCUGAA